CAAAGUUGGUGUCUUGCAUAAGAAGUAAACUACUUCUAGAAGUUAUGGUGUUGAAUUGAUUUGUUCAUUGCUAAAAUAACCCGGCUUCCAAUUCGGCAUUUCUAUACCUUUUUCAACCUAAAAAGCUGAGUCGUGAACCUCGUGGUCGUCAUUUUUGUUCGCCCACUGACUAAUCCCCAAAUCCCAGUUGCGGUCUAGGGUUUUUGAAUCUUUUUUUCUUCCUGGUGAGCAAUUUUUCUCUUGCCUUUUCUCUAUAUAUUUUCGAUUUUGGCUUUGACUGGAUUCAUUCAAGUAUUGAAAUUUUUUGUUUCUGUUCGGUUGAUCGCCAUCCACUUUUUCCAUCAUUUUUUCUUUUCGGUUCGUGCGAUCUAUCGAUCUAUUGAUCUAUUAAUCCAUCUGUUCUUUUUUUGAUUGAUUCGUUAUAUCUGUAAACGAUGGCGAACAUUGAUAUAGAAGGAAUACUGAAGGAGCAACCAAACGAUGGAAGAGUUCCGAAGACGAAGAUAGUAUGUACUUUAGGGCCGGCUUCUCGGUCGGUGCCGAUGUUGGAAAAGCUGCUUCGAGCGGGGAUGAAUGUUGCUCGGUUCAACUUCUCACAUGGUACUCACGAGUAUCAUCAAGAGACUCUUGACAAUCUCAAGAUUGCUAUGCAAAAUACUCAGAUCUUAUGUGCUGUUAUGCUUGACACCAAGGGACCUGAAAUUCGCACUGGAUUUCUGAAGGAUGGUAAGCCUAUCCAACUUACUGAAGGGAAGGAAAUAACCGUAAGCACUGAUUACUCCAUCAAAGGAGACUCGGAGAUGAUUUGUAUGAGCUAUAAAAAGCUGGCUGUGGACCUGAAACCAGGGAACGUUAUCUUGUGUGCUGAUGGUACGAUUACCCUCACAGUCUUAUCCUGUGAUCCAGAUGCGGGAACUGUGAAGUGCCGAUGUGAAAAUACUGCAAUUUUGAGCGAGAGAAAAAAUGUAAACCUUCCUGGUGUCGUAGUUGAUCUGCCUACCCUGACAGAGAAGGAUAUGGAAGACAUAUUGCAGUGGGGUGUUCCCAACAACAUUGAUAUGAUUGCCCUGUCUUUUGUACGGAAGGGCUCUGAUCUUGUUCAUGUCCGGAAGGUUCUUGGUCCUCAUGCCAAACAUAUACAGCUGAUGUCAAAGGUUGAGAACCAGGAGGGAGUGAUCAACUUUGAUGAGAUUCUACGAGAGACUGACUCGUUUAUGGUUGCACGUGGUGAUCUGGGGAUGGAGAUCCCAGUUGAGAAAAUUUUCCUCGCACAAAAGAUGAUGAUUUAUAAGUGUAAUCUUGCUGGGAAACCAGUGGUAACUGCAACACAGAUGCUUGAAUCCAUGAUUAAAUCUCCUAGGCCCACUCGUGCUGAGGCCACUGAUGUUGCCAAUGCUGUUCUUGAUGGAACUGAUUGUGUCAUGCUUAGUGGUGAAAGUGCAGCAGGGGCUUAUCCAGAGCUUGCUGUCAAGAUCAUGGCCCGUAUAUGUAUCGAGGCAGAAUCCUCCCUUGAUUAUGGGGCUAUCUUUAAAGAGAUGAUAAAGGCUACUCCUCUACCCAUGAGUCCACUGGAGAGUCUUGCAUCGUCGGCUGUCCGAACUGCCAACAAAGCCAAGGCAAAGCUCAUCGUUGUUAUGACACGUGGUGGGACCACUGCCAAAUUGGUUGCCAAGUAUAGGCCGGCUGUACCAAUUUUGUCAGUAGUUGUCCCUGUUUUGACUACUGAUAAUUUUGAUUGGACCUGCAGUGAUGAGACCCCAGCAAGGCAUAGUCUUGUAUACAGGGGUUUAAUCCCGCAAUUAGCUGAGGGUUCUGCCAAGGCCACUGAUUCAGAGUCAACUGAAGUUAUUCUGGAGGCAGCACUGAAAAAAGCAACUGAAAGGGGAUUGUGUCAGCCGGGUGAUGCUAUUGUGGCUCUUCAUCGUAUCGGAGCUGCUUCUGUUAUCAAGAUUUGCAUUGUCAAGUCAUAAGUGAAUGGACGAGACGCACUUUUGAGUGUGAGACCAGUCUGUUGCGAGGAAUGGGCGCAAAGAUGGUGUCAUCUUGAUAAUAUGCUUUUUGCUGUGUAAUAUCUUGGCCGAACUAAUAUUGGAGCACUCGUAGUUUUAUGAUUAUGGUCUUUGGGACAGUGUUUUGCAUCCCUCAAGUUAGAAAAUAAUACCAAGGACAUAGAUAUCAGGUACUUAUGUUUUGGUUUUGUUUAUUCGAUUUCUUCCUGCAGAUUUACUGCAAUAAGAAUUUUUUUUUGUAUAUGGUCUUGCAAUUCAUGUCCUUCCAACUUCCAAGUUUGCAGGGUAAGUGAUGUUCGACUUGGUAAACAGUUGUAUCUGUUACUUGUCCUGAAAUUGCGUGCAUUCCUUGUC